AUGGGCUUCAACUAUACCGAAGAUGACAUUGCAGAUUACGCCGAUGACUACGACUCUGAAGAGAAUAUGGACGAACAGAUCACCGAGGAGGAAGAGGUCCUUCUUGCGCAGAUGAUGCCAGAGCUCCAGACCAAAAUGUCUGGAUACACUGGGAUUGAAACACAGGACUUCCGUGAAGCAUUGUGGUACAAUGAGUUUUCCAUGGAGGACGCGGUCCAGGAAUUACAGAACAAGUUCAAGAAGCCUAAAGGUACGUAUUUUCUAACACCGACUGGAGCCUGGGACGAAGUGGAGGGCAACAUGACAGAAACCAACCGCGACUUUCGCCUGAGACUUCAGUCUCACGAACACAUUCUAAACAGAAUAGUUGAAACACCAGCGCCAACGACGGGGUUGUCGAAACUCGCGGCAUUGGCCAAGGCCCGCGCUGCCAAGCGAGAAAUAGAAAAGGAGUCAAGCAAAGAGCCGGCAUCGCGCACCUCUAUCCUUGACAAGCUUUCCAAAGGGAAGCCGAAGGAGGUUGCGAAGGAUACAGCGCUCUCGCGUAAGAUUCUAUCGCUUAAAAGGUCUAGGGAGUCUCCAGAGCAUAUACCAAAAAAUCUUCUGGAAACACCCAGAGAAAAGCUCGUGGAAAGGCCUAUAUCUGCCCAGGGAACCUUGCCGAAUACCAGGGAGAAUACCAAGUCGCUCGAACAAACCCCCGAGCCGGAAGGGCCUCCGGUUUACCCCACUGUUCCUCCCGAAACGCGCCACCUUCGCACGACUCCCGCACCACGAUUCAUGUUGUUUGUCACGUCCCCCUGUCUCAAGCAAAAGCACGACGAGGCCUUGUGCUGCGUCUACGUUCCACAUGCUAACCAUCUAGAGAAAAAAAUCAAGGCCAACUUCACGCAGCCGAGCCCCGACGACGUUGUAUUGGCGGCACAGAAAGAGGCGUUUGUAGGAAAGGCAAAGGUGGCGGCAAAGUACGUGGAGCCAGAGUUGGCCGCAAAGGUAAAGGGCUUGAGCCUUGAUGACAAGUCUGGGAAGAAGCCAUCCACCCUGAAUAUAGAAGGCCCAGUGAAGCCUACCAAACCGUUCAAGAAAAUUGACAUGACGGAGGCCUUGGCUGUGAAGAACCAAAAACCGCAUGUAUCGUUCGUGGUGAUUGGCCAUGUGGAUGCCGGAAAGUCCACGCUUAUGGGCCGGUUGCUCUAUGACGUCGGGGUCGUGGACUCCCAGACCCUCCACAAGCUCCAGAGAGAGUCUGAGAAGAUCGGAAAGGCAUCGUUUGCACUCGCGUGGGUCAUGGAUCAAACCUCGGAGGAACGAUCCCGCGGGGUCACCGUCGACGUGUGCACAACCAAUUUCGAGACGGGAAGCACCAAAUUCACAAUUGUGGAUGCUCCGGGGCACAAAGACUUUGUGCCAAACAUGAUUUCCGGGGUAACCCAGGCGGAUGUGGCAGUACUUGUGGUUGACUCCUCUAACAACGCAUUUGAGAGUGGGUUCAACUUGGAGGGCCAGACCAAGGAACACGCGUUGCUCGCAAAAUCGUUGGGUAUCCAGAAGCUCGUGGUUGCAGUUAACAAGAUGGACCAACAGGACUGGUCACAGGCGCGCUUUGACGAAAUCAGGCUCCAAUUGACGGAGUUCUUGCGCAUGACCGGAUUCCGCGAGGACCAGGUGGAGUUUGUGCCAGUGUCGGGAUUAACCGGUAUCAACGUAUGCAAGGCGCCACACGAACCGCGGCUUGCGUGGUACCAAGGAAAGACCUUGUUGCUGAUAUUGGAGCACCAGGCGGUCCAGCAAGACGUGGGAACCGACUUUGUGAUGUGCGUGUCGGACGUUCAGACGCUCGGCAAGAUGGACGGCUUGGCGUUGAGCGGGAAAGUUUCAGCCGGGACUUUGCAGCCAGGCCAGACAAUUCUCAUCUCGCCCGCGCAGUAUUUCGCACAGGUCGAGACAAUUACGCUCGGCGACGGUAUCCAGACCGUGGAUUUGGCGAUUGCGGGUGAGCACGCCACAUUGCGUUUGAAGGGAGUGUCCAAUGCUGAUAACAAAGUGCAAAUUGGGGACGUUGUGUCGCCGAUUGAUAAGCCGGUCUCGGCUGUGAACAAGUUCCAGGCGCGGUUGGUGCUCUUUGGCAUGAAGCGGCCAUUGUUAGUGGGAACUCCGUUCAUUUUGUUCCGUGGAAGUCAGCAGACCCCGGCAAAAAUCACCAAAAUUCACUUUUUGGUGGACCCCAAAACGGGAGAGGAGAGCAAGAAGGCCCCGCGUCAUUUAUCUGCAAACCAGUCGUGUGUGGUGGACAUUGAGGUAAGUGGGCGUCCGUUACCGUUACUGGUGUUUGCGCAGAGCAGACUGUUAGGAAGAGUUGUGAUUCGGAAGGACGGGAUGACGAUUGGUGCUGGUAUUGUUGAAAGGCUCUAA